UAAGAAAAACGAGAGAGAUAGAAGCAGAGUUCAGUCAGUUAAGAAUGAAUUUUCCAAAUGAAGAACCUGAUAAUUCCACGAAUUCAGUUGAAGAUGAUCAGAUCAGGCAAGUUCAACUUAAAAUUCAAUUUCACAGUACCAGAAAAGGGGAUCUCGAAACAAUCGAAUCCUAUGUGAAAAGAUUGAGGUCCAUCGCCGAUUCCCUGGCAGAAAUCGGCGAUGAGAUCUCAAAUUCAAACAUGGUGUUGCAACUUCUUGCUGGUUUGCCUAUUGAAUACUUGCCCCUCAAAAACACAAUAUCAUCAAAGUGGCCUCUUCCCACUUUUGGAGACGCUUGUUUCAUGGUGUACAAGCACGAAGGCAUGAGUUUUCGAAAAGAUGAAUCUAAUAAUAGUUCCACAAAUUCAGUUGAAGAUGAUCAAAUCCGGCGAGCCCAACUGCAAAUUCAAUUUCACGGAACCAGAAGAGAGGAUUUUCAGCCCAUCGAAUCCUAUGUGAAAAAAUUGAAAUCCAUAGCCAAUUCUCUAGCAGAAAUUAACAGUCCAAUCUCAGAUUCAGACAUGGUGUUGCAACUUCUUGCUGGUUUGCCUAAUCAAUACUUGCCCCUCAAAAACACAAUAUCAUCAAUGCGUCCUCACCCCAAUUUUGAAGAAGCUUCUUCCAUGUUGUACAUGCAAGAGGACAUAUUAUUACAGGAUUAUGAGGAGCAAUUCAACGCUGAUUCUGGUGCUGCUGGUGCAGAGCAAUCAUCUGCAAUGAAUAAUCAUUACUAUUAUUAUUGA